CCGGAGGUAUAGGCACUGUGAAUGUUUGUGGGAUGUGGUUGAGGGAGAAGUGGUGUGUGUGGCCUAUAUGGGAAUGUAUUUAUAAGAAGACAAUUCUAAAUAAGUAAUUCAUUUUGGACAUAUAUUAAAGCACCUUUUGAAAAGGAACAAAAGACUGUCGCUAUGGUUGCCACAAGCACACUGAAGAGUAAAAACGCAGAAUGUAUAUCAGAGUUGCUUGACCGUAGAUACGACAUUGAACAAGCUUGUAUCGAAAAUGAACUGGAUUUCUGGGACCACUGUCUAACUGAGCCCCAGCACAAUAUGGAGGUAUCUGAGGGCCAAACGUGUCAGCAACUGGCCAAGAUGUUAGAGAACUGCCUGUCGCGGGCGAAGAAGACCACACUGCACUGCUCCAAAGUCCUCGUCCCAGAGAAGCUGACUCUGAGGAUAGCACGUGACGUGCUGCGCCUGUCGUCUGGCGAGCCCUGCGGCAUGCGCGGCUGUGUUCUUCACGUGCACCUGGAACAGGAGAAGUGCUGCAAGCAGCUGGAGCGCAUAGUGUACAACGCCGACGUGGUGCCCACCUUUGAGCUGACACUGGUGUUCAAGCAGGACGGCAACGCCUGGCCCUGCCUCAGAGACCUCCUGCACAUCGGCGCAUGUUUCACGCCAGGUUUCAGACACGCACUCAAACUGAGCCCGGGCUUCCGGCUCAUCAAAAAGAAGCUUUAUUCCUCCUCGGCUGGUACCGUGGUUGAGGAGUACUGAGGAGGGUGGGACUUUGGGGCGGGGGGGGGGGGGGUUAAUAAUGCACUUCUACACUUCAGUAUCUGAAUGUAAAGAUCCUCCUUGAGGAUUUUUUUUUUUUUUUUUUAUAUACAUUUUUUUUUUUUUUUACAUGGUUGUGAGUAGUGAUGGCUCUGAUGUAUCCAAAGGCCUACAAACCAGCCUCUCUGUUCCAGGAUGGUACAAGGAGGCUUGGCUCCUGAAGUUGAUUAUAGUUUAAUGCCCAAAACAACAUUUGUGUAACAACAUUGAGUACAUUUCAGCGAACUUCCAAACAGCCCAAAGUUACAUUUUGUUAGGUGAUGUGAAUUUUUUUGGGGGGGAUAUAUCCUAUUCUUUAGUAUGUCACUGUCUUACUGAUUAUUCUGAAUUGCUCAUGUAUGUCCACUGCUUUUACCGAUUUUUAGUAAGAAUGUAAUUUUAUUAUUCACUUGUAAUUGCAUAGUCUGAAGUUAGUUUCCAGAUUUGUCCACUUUUCAACAAAGUAAACACUGGUUCAAAAUAAGAACAGUACUUGGAAAAUGUUCAGGGGCCAUACUAUUAGGUGUUUAAUGCUGGGUAUGUGAAUGGUAUACUUGGAUGUUUGCAAGUUUGUUUUAAAUGAAUGUGCUGCCCAUUAAUGAUGCAGGCUCUCCAACCUUUACGGAUGCAGAUACCAGCCAUUUUAGGAAACUUAAUUUUUUUUUGUUGCACUUGUUAGAUCCUUGCUCUACAGUCUAAGCCUUUAGAGCUUUUUUUUUUUUUCUUGUCAUUGCAAUGCCUUCUUGAUGGCUGCAGUGCUGUUUAAACAACCUUUUUUGUAUUUAAAUUCCUAUUAAAGGAAGUUGAAGUGU